AUGUUCCCUGGAGUUGCGGUAGUCACUGGCGCCGGGGGCACAGGAAUCGGCGCAGCAACAGCGAAAGCCUUUGCUGUCGCUGGCUGUAAUCGAAUCGCUAUCACAGACAUGAAUGACAAGUCCCUAGAGCAGUCUGCACAAGCUAUCGCAUUAGCACACCCCGAGGUACGACUCCUGGUAAAGGCCGGGGACAUGGCAGACGACAAAUUUGCAGAUUCUUUUAUCGAUGCAGUCGUGCAAGAGUUUGGACGCGUAGAUUAUGCUGUGAAUUGCGCAGGUGUGUUUGGUAAACGCUCGCGCUCGGCAGAGACGUCACUUGAGGAAUUUGACCGCGUGAACAACAUCAACUACCGGGGCUGUUGGCUCUCAUCUCGUGCAGAGCUUAGGCAAAUGGUUACACAGAGCGCACUUCCUAGCCAUGAUGCCAAUCGCCCACCUCAGCGUGGUGCUGUGGUUAAUAUUGCCAGUCAGCUUGGCAUUGUCAGCUGUCCGGGUGCUCCUGCGUAUUGUGCAUCAAAAUCUGCUGUUAUUGGAAUGACACGUGCCGAUGCAAUCGAUUGUUCCAAAGACGGAAUUAGAGUCAACUGCGUCUGUCCUGGUGUUAUUGAGACGCCACUAGUCACCCAGAACCCUGAGCUUCGUGAAGUCAUCACUCCAGCAAUCGAGGCUGCACCAAUGAAGAGAAUAGGCCAGCCGGCAGAAGUUGCUGAUGCAAUUCUUUUCUUAUGCUCAACACAAGCGUCGUUUGUACAGGGCCAUGCUAUGGUUGUUGAUGGUGGAUAUAUCACUCUCUAG